AUGCGAUUUCUCGAGCAAUUCAAGCGACUCAUCACUUUGGAUCUCGCUAAUCAAUUUGCCAUCCCAGUACAGUCGUUGCCUGGCUGGUUUUUGAGCAAAUCCUCUGCAAAACACAAUCUUCCACUCUACAAAGCCUGUAUCGACUUUCUACCGCUUCUACCCGACGAUUACUUUCUGGAGAUCGGCUAUGGACGAGGGGAAAUGCUCAAACUCUGCCAUGAUUUGAUAAGGAAAGAGAACGGAAAAGGAGUAGUUUAUGGUGUCGAACGAUCGCAGUAUAUGGAAGACGUUGCGCGAAAAAGAUUUGCUUUAGAGAUUGUCGAAGAUGGGAGUAUCCAACUGAAUCGAGUUCUCGAUCUUCGACAUUUACCCUAUCCGAAUGACAUAUUUCACGGAAUCGCUCACAUUGAUGUGUUCUACUUUUGGAAAGAGGAAAGAAUCGCGGAAAUUUGCCGGGAAUUCUUUCGUGUAUUAAAGCCGGGACAUAAGGUGGUUUGUGCGAUGGAGUUCGAACGAUUGAAAAAGUUGGAAAAGUGGGGACUUCUUUCGACAAAUCAAUGGAAUCCUGUUCGUUACUUAUCACAUUUAGAACCAGCUGGGUUUGUUAACGUCAAGAUAGACUAUACGGAAUCUGGAAAGCGAAAAAUUCAACUAGUGACUGCAAUGAAACCAGACGUUGAUGAGGAUUAUUUCAACCCAGAGGAGCGAAUGAGAAAACUUGAAAGAGAUGUGAAACGGCAAAUGGUUUUGAAUGACAUGAUGAACAAAGGAUACAAGCCAACUGCCGACGAUCUCGAACUAUUACAAGACAAGGAGUUGUUUAAA